AAUGCACCGUCGAUUGACAGAACGUACAGUUCACGUUUUGACGUCUGUUACGCUCCUUUUACCGCGUACAACAUCAACUUAAGUCACGAGUGUACACGUGACAGUGCACGCCACGUGCUUCGGCCGAAAAGGCACGUGUGUGCCAACCUUAAUUACCCUCGCUCACGAUGUUGCGUUCCAUCCUUUUUCACCGGCAUCUCUCUUACCUAUGUCCAUGUCUCUCAAUUCUUACGUUACUUGGACUAGUUGUGCCGGAAAUGACAGCUGACAAACCGGAAACCGUGUUAUUCGAUCUACUCGCGAAACCUUUCGCACCCUCCGAUGGAGCAUCCGUCGAAUGCCUUAAGGACAGCGAGAUUUAUUUGAAGGAACUUGCUCGAUAUGCACCUUGGGCUCUUCAAAUGUACGACGCGUCCGUGAAAAUUCCACCGGGUGUAAUCACGGGCAAUUACCAGCAACUAGGCAAUUACGACGGGUGUUUGCUGGUGAAAAGCGGACACGGAUUCACCGGAAAGGCCUGCAGUGCCAAGGUGAAUUUCGAAAUCGCUAAGGACAAUGGUAAACCACGGGAGCCUGAUAUGGGUGAUCUCCUUGUCAAUGCUGCCAUUGCGUCGGGGUACGGAAAAUGGAAAUCUGGUCGUACGGUGUUCUACGAGUGGAUGUGGUGUGUUCCAUCUAGUUGCAACCACACGGAUAUACAAGAAGCCCUUGAGCUCGCCCUCGACCCUUUGAAGGUGGAGGAUCGCGUGGACAUGGUUGUAAACGUAUCGUGCCGGACCGCAGAAACGGAUCAACCUGUUAUUGACGUAACCGACAGGAUUUAUAUAUCGGUCCUCGCGAUAUUCCUGGUGAUAAUUAUCGCUAGCACCAGUUACGACAUCGCUAAACAAGGCCAUUUGAGUACGUUAAACCGAGAUAGGAAAGAUAUUCUUCUCAGUUCGUUCUCGAUCUACACGAAUGGAAAGAAUCUAUUGAAAACGGACAGGCGUACAGAUUCGAUCAAAUGUUUGGAUGGACUUCGUUACAUCAGCAUUUGCUGGAUCAUUUAUGGUCACACUCAUUACACCGAGGUUGUCGGUGUUAAGAUGAACCUGAACGAGAUAUCACAGAUGCACACGAACUGGGCCAACAUGUUCGUGCUAAACGCAAACAUUGUCACCGACACGUUCUUUCUCAUAAGCGGAGUCUUAAUGGCAUACACGGAAAUGAUGAAGAACGAGAAGGACAUAAAAAGGCAAUUCAACGUGAUUGGUCUAUAUCUUCAUCGUUACCUACGAUUAACACCAGCAUAUGCUAUGAUGAUCGGUUUCUACACUACUAUCUUCUAUAAAUUUGGCUCUGGCCCACAUUGGGAUCAAUGGGUUGGCGCUAACAGGGAUUAUUGUCGAGAAAACUGGUGGACGAAUCUACUCUACGUGAACAAUUACGUUAAUCUAGAUAGAAUGUGCAUGUCUCAGUCUUGGUAUUUGGCAACCGAUAUGCAACUGGUUUGGCUGUCGCCGAUUUUCUUGUACCCUAUGCUCAAGUUCACGCGAAAAAUCUUCUUCUGGCUAGUGUUCGCGUUUGGCAUAGUUGCAUCAAUCCUUAUACCGUUUUUAAUAACAUUCAGUCUCGAGCUCACUGGAACUAUGCUCUAUUACAAGGAUAUCCAGGCUGUGGCGGAUGUUUACGUACAAAUUUACACAAAGGUUUACAGUAGAUACGGCUCUUACAUCAUUGGAUUGGCUGUCGGUUAUAUUUUAUACAAAUACCGAUUGAGAGUUUUGAAAAUUCACCGUAUGUAUGUGAUUUUUGGUUGGUUGGUCGCAGUCUUUUCCGGAUUGUUCGUCAUUGUUUUCCCUCGAUGGAUGUAUUACGAUGAUCAUCCUUACGACAGACUGGAGGCAAGUUUCUAUGCAGGAUUUCACAGGCAAAUAUUUGCAUUGUCUGUUUCGUGGAUCAUCUUUUGUAGCGUUCAUGGAUAUGCCGGUAUCGUAGGUCAAUUGCUAUCUUGGAAGGGAUGGGUGCCCUUCAGUAAGCUUACCUACACUGCCUACCUUUGUCACUAUGUGUUUCUCUUGACAGAGGCCGGGUCAGUUCGAACCACUGGCAUUCUUUCGACAAUGGGAAUCCUCCGCAGUUUCUUCAGCAACCUCUGCCUGACUUUGCUUUUAUCAGCAGUCUGGACCCUCUGCUUCGAGAUGCCGUUCAUGACCCUAGAUCGCACCUUCCUUUUCUACAUAAAAAGGCAAUCGAAACUGGGCUGCAAAACGAAUCAAGAACAGAUUUUCGGUUCACUGGACUCGAGCAAAGAGAUCUAUCGAUCUACCGAAGAAUCGUCAGCCACCAUAUCACAAACUAGCUUUGAUUCGAAUGAUUCUAGUAACGAGAGCGUAUACGAUUCCGCUGGGAACGUUAAUUAUCAACAAGGUAUCUUCGACACCAAUUGUUCGGAGGAUUUGAAACACGACCGCGAGGACAAGUGCUCUUUCAUAUUCGUGACCGGUGAAUCGAAGAACAACACCUGGCCGAAAAUUCGGAACAUUCAUCAAAAUAACGGUUUCGAUUCGGACUCUGACGAUUCCCUGAAACUGGGAAAUGAUGAAAAUAGACUGGAUCGGAGUUAUAAUUCGAUCAUCAGUGAUGAUCUGUCGAGGAAAGACAGAUCUAGACACUCGGAAACGGUGAACGUAAGUUGAUCGAGGGAUACGCUGAUCGAAAUUGAACAUACUUGCAGGUCAAGUAUUCGUUCAAUUGGAAAAGACAUUGAAGAACGAGGCAGAAAUAGGUUGUUGAUUCGUUGGAAUGAUUUGUUAUUAUCGGUCCAAGGAUUCUUUGCGUUGGUAAUUGACUGUAUCGUUGAGUUACUGCUAUAUAUAUUUACUUGGCGCGGUUGUUGAUGUUGAGUAUCAAGGUAAAUUGUGCACAGAUGAAAAGUUCAAGUCUUUUUAGACGUUCAAACUUUUCAUCUGUCCACAGUACAAUCCUUUACGGAUGUGACGUUUUGGGAAACGAGAUAACUUGGUGAUGAACUUAAAGCUACGAUGUAAAUAUCUUUUUACGUUUACUAUUUAAUCAAUAUAUUAUCAGUUGUACUAUUAUGUAGUUUAAAGACACCAUUUAUAAAGAGAAUAUCCUGACGUCUGUCCAUAGGGGACCAAUUACAAGGGAUGGAAUUUUUGAUCCAAUAAUGAGAAGAAUUAUUGUAACAAAAUUUCAAUCCUGCCCUGUAUACGUAGUCGAUGUUGAUCCAUCGACGUUUAUAAUAACUUAAUGAGAACGCAUAAUUAUUACAGUUAGGAAAUAAAGGUACAAAUAAGCUGUGAGACCGUUGAUGAUAUCGAAUUAAAGUGUAAUUAAAAUACGGUGCCUUGAGAGAUGCAUUCCAUGUGUUAUGAAAGAAGUAUUGUUGUUUUUCAUUGUUAUUGGUAGCUUAGAUUGGCAACAAUGAGUAGAGACUUUAAUAUAAAUUCAAUCGAAGUAUUUUAAAUUUUAAUGCAAAUUCUACAAUUUUAAUUAAAAUAUCAAAUUGGCUGUUAACGUUGCGUAAUUCUUCCUACUAAUAAUACCAUCGGGUAAAAGUUGUACCCACAUUAUAGCAUAAUAUUGACGUAGGUUAGGUUAGGCAUAGUGAGCGCAUGUGAGAGCAUAUUUUAACUGAUUUAAUUGUGAUCUAACCUAACCUAACCUAAUUUAACGAAUUACCGAAAUUCGAAUAUUUUAUCGAAUCGAUAUAAAUGUUGUACAAACCGUAAUUACUGUCAUUACUAGUCUUAUUCAGUGAGGAAUUAAUAAAAUGUGUGAUUACUAUUCAUAAAUGACAUGUUUCUAUUUGUUUAUAAUGUGGGUACGGCUUCGGAAGUUUUCCUUACUAUCGACAAUUUUGUAUAACGAUAAAAAAUGGUGGUCUUGUACGUACAUGGUUGUGGUUGCUUUAAGAUUUAGAUGUACAGGGUGUUCGGCUGGAUGAGCAUCCCUUGGGAGGGUUGUAGCUGAAGUGAUCCUGGACAACUUCUUCUUUCACCAAAACACUUGCCGAGGCUUAGUUUUUAAGUUAUUAAUGAAAGACACCACCGAAUUGGAGCGUAUAUAGUGCGCAGGCUCGACCGCGUGAGUGAAGGUUACGAGAACCGCGCUCGACCGAGGUCGCGAACAAACUGACUCUACUGCGCGUCGGUUCGAAGCCGACACUGCGGCGGCUGCGCCUGCGCAAUGCGCGCACUCGUUGCGCGGUGUAUUUAAUUCAUAAUUCAAAAACGAAACUUUAGCGAGCAUUUUGAUAAAGGAAAAAGUUGUUUAAAAUCAUCCCUAGUCGAACACCUCGUACAACUUUGUAAUAAGAAAAAUCCAUUAUUCAAUAUUUAUGCAACAAAUAUUUUAAUUUUUUACCACGAACUUAGUUAAUACGAAGUACAGUAUUAUAAAUUUCCUUUAAUCAUAGAGUAAUCAAUUCUGAAGCUGGGGAAUUGAAACUUACAGAGAUCAUUGGAUCUUGUCAAGUAUACGAUAGUUGUAUAAUUAAUUUUAUUAUUGCUUGGACACGAACUUUUUUAUAACACCGAUUGUUCUCAUAAUUAUAUACUAUCUAUAUAAUUGUAA